AAAGUUGUCUUAGUGUAUAACAUUCAGCAUGUAAACAAAGAAUUUUGCUGCUAAAUGUGAAGCGAAGUAAAUAUGUUUUCCUGCAAUCAACAGAGAUAGAUGAAGAAAUGGAUACUCCGGCUGAUAAAUUGGUACCACAUCAUAUUACCAGGGCAACGCUACCUCCUUUAAAUUUGAAAAGUAGGUUAAAAAAACUUAGAGAUCAGAAGUAUAAAGCACACGAGAAUAUCUCAGAUGAAGAGUAUGUCAUAAGUAGGCAUAGCCAUGUCUCACCUGACAAUCCGAAUGACUUUGAUAUGACAACAAACAUAAACAGACCUGCUGCUCGCAUAGAAUUUCAUGAAAACAGUGAUAAUGAAUUUGAUAAUGAAACUAACAAAGAAGACUUUGAUAAAAAUAAAUAUACAAACAAUAACUAUAAUGAAGGAAUAAGUUACAUGGAUGACACAGAUAGUCAAUAUGAACAUGAUUACUCUAAUAUUAAUAAUAAGCAUUCCUGUAGUUCUCAUGACAAUGAUUUACGAGGUUUGGAAUCAAGAUUUAUAGCUCAUAAUGAUAAAAAUAUUGCACAGAUGGAUGAAAAUGGUGAAGACAUUGCUGCUCAGGAAACUGAUGAUGAAAGACCACCUACUCACCUGAUAAGACAUGAAAUGGAAACUAAUGACAUUGAUAAAUUAUUUUCUCUUAACAAAAUAAAUUCGAACUCAAAUGACAAAUCAAAGCCAGACUAUCGCGAAAUAGCACUUGACAUAGCUAUGAAUGGUAAAAAGGUUAAAAGUAGAAAACGCACUAAGAAAUAUUGUGAUUUUGUGUUAGUUUAUGAUGCUUUUGAUAAUGAUGUUUUACAUGUAACUGAGAGAAAAUCUUUUGAGACUUCAUUACAAGAAGAAGAUAUUGACGUUAUAAAGACAACUUGUGGGGACAAUAUAUUUGUUGAAUUAUAUGCUAGUUUUGAGCGCUUGUGUAAAGAAGCAGAAAAAAUACAUUUGCAGAUGCCGUUAGAAGGGUUUUUAUUGGAGUCCAGUCAAAGAAGAGGAAUAUUGAAGGACUUUUUCAGAUCAAUGAAGACAGAUAACGAAGUUGAUAUGGUCAGUGCACCAUUUUGUUUCUCAUCCAAGCAAAUAUUCCAAGGCAUUGAGAAUACAAAAACGUUUUUUCGGUCAGCACACCGAGCUAUGCUGGUACGCCAUAUACUUGAAAAUAAGAAACUGUCGUCGUCAAAGAAAGAGAAUGCACCAAAUACAUUCAGCAAGACAGGACUUAGUGCAUUGCUCCAUUCUGGAUCUUACAAACAAGCUUUUAUACUUCAUGAUCAGUCAGAAUAUGAUCAAGCCUUUCCUCUUAAAAAAUCCAUAAAAUCAACGUACAACAUGAGUGCGACCUCCAUUGAUCCUAGAAAAAAUCUUCAUAAUACAUGGUUAAAUUGUUUCAAAUUUCAACCAUUGUGGAAAGUUCGGAAUUAUUUUGGAGAAAAAAUUGGAUUAUACUUUGCUUGGUGUGGUGUUCUUAUCACAACAUUGUGGGUACCUGUUUUACUAGGUUUGGUUGUUUUCGUUUUUGGAAUUAUCUCAGCUUUUCCAUCAAAAAAUAAAGUAUCUUCUGUAUCUUCAAUCAUGACAUGGAUGUCAGCGGCUUUUGAUAAUGACGCAACACCCUAUUUUGCAUUACUCGUCUGUCUUUGGGGAACUAUAUUUCUUGAAAUUUGGAAAAGAAAAAAUGCUGAGUUAGCAUAUAAAUGGGAUGUUGAUACGUUCGAAGAACAGGAACCUAACCGACCACAGUUUUAUGGAACAAAGUUAGUUAAAAAUCCUGUCACUGGUGUAUAUGAAGAGUAUUAUCCAUUGUGGAGAAAAGUUGUCAAAUCGAUGGGUUCAGUGGGAGUCAUUUUGUUCAUGGUGGGUCUUGUUUUGACAAGUGUUGUGUCAGUUAUCGUGUACAAAGUCGUUUCACGUGUUGAUUGGUUUGCAUCUGAAUCAAGAGGAGAAUUUAUGUCCUCAAUUACAUCUUCUGUUUUGAAUUCUGUUUCCAUUUUGAUACUUGGCAAAAUUUACAAAACUUUGGCUUAUAAACUAACUGAUUGGGAGAAUCAUCAAACACGGACGAAAUAUGAAGAUGCUCUCAUCCUGAAAUUAUUUGGAUUUCAAUUUAUCAACUCGUAUGCGUCUUUGUUUUAUAUUGCAUUCUUUAGAGAGAGGACAUCUACUGGUGUUUUCAAGUUAGGUUCAAAUUAUUCUGAUAACUGCGGGGAAGAUAAUGACUGUAUGUCUUUACUGUCAAUUCAAGUUGCUGUUUUAAUGAUCACAAAGCCGAUGCCAAAGUUGUUUUCCGACAUCAUUUUACCGGUAUUUACUCGUGUUGCAAAGAAGAUUUUAUGUUGUUGGAAAUCAAAAAACAAAGUGGACACAUCUGAAAAUCAUCUUCCACGUGAUCAUAGUAAUGCUGAUGAAGAGUAUGAAAAAUAUUUGCACGCUGAAUACCGAAAACCCGAAUUGGGAAACUUUACGCUUUCCGAAUACACGGAAAAAGUUUUACAGUACGGAUAUUUAAUGCUGUUCGCUGCAGCAUUUCCAUUGGCUCCUUUGAUCGCUCUUUUAACCAAUAUAAUCGAUCUGCGUGUGGACGCUAGAAGGAUGCUAUGGUUUAACCGAAGACCAGUUCCACAACGAGCACAGGACAUCGGGAUGUGGUACACCAUUUUAACAUUUCUUAACUAUACUGGAAUGAUCACCAACGCCUUGAUACUUGGCUUAACAUCAAGAUUUGGUCGCGAUUUUAAAACAUCCACCAUAGAACACGUUGUUCCAUCCAACAUGACUUUACUCGAUAUCCCAGUCAAUUCAACAUUGUCUCACUUACCUCUAUUUAACUUAACAACAUACACCAUGGCAACAAUACCUGUGGUUGUGACAACUUACAAUAACCUGUGGAUUGUUGUUAUAUUUGAGAAUGUUGUGUUGGCUGUCAAAUUUUUACUGUCUUACGUCAUUCCUGAUGUACCCGAAUCCGUCUCUAAAGCGCAAAAACAAGAGAAGAUUCAACUCGAAUUGUUACUCAGCCGCUCUGGUUUAAAACGAGGGCCUGGUAAAAGUAUCAGAGUAAGGUCAGCAAGUUUACGCGAUGAAGUGGAUUCAUACCUUCACAACGAGGGAAAAGGCACAGCAAAGGAGUGCGUACGAACUAAACGAAUAAAAAGAUAGUUAAAAUAAAUGUAAAUAUAGGUCUUUAUUAGAAUAAAUCGAUAUAAUUUAUACAGGAGGGUUUCAACAAUUUGGAGAAUGAUAAAAUUUGCUGAAUAAUGCAAACAUAUCGCUUGUCUGUAAUUCCUUCCCUGUCAAACAACGUGUCGUGUUACUAAACCGUUUCAGGUGUUUGUUCAUAAAAUUAGCGUUUGCAUUUCCUGCAGUAUCUUGCAUUUAUUGGUCGUUAUUGACGACAAAUUUUUAAAUGUUUCUUUUAUGCAGACUAAAUUUUUUAUAGAGUUGUUUUUAUCCCAGUGUAA